GAGUACUCGGAUUCCCGUGAUCUAAGGAUUCCCGAGGCUAAAAGCUCCAAACCCCACCUAUAAAGACCCGCAUUUUUCUCUGCUGCAUGCAUCGGGCUUGUUGGGUUCUGUCAUUAGUACCCUUCUCUUUGCAAAUUGCUGGGUUUUUUGGUCUUUUAUUUGAAUUUUUUGGGUUUUUUUUUUUUUUGAAGAAUUUGGGUUCCUUGAGCUGAUUUUUCUGGGUUUUGAAGGCAUUUUCUCUUUGAGUUUGGGAGGAGUUUUUUGAGGCAUUUGGGUCUGUGUUAUUGGGUUUUUGAGCUUGCAUUCUCUGAUUUCUGUGGCUGUUUUCUGUUUUAGAUAUUUUUUCUCCUCUUUGGAUCUUUAAGGUCUCCUUUCAAGAUGACAGUUGGAGCUGGAAUUUCCAUUGCUGAUGGGAACUUGGUGGUUUUGGGGACUCCAAUCUUGUCUGAUGUCCACGACAACAUUGUUUUGACCCCCGCCGGCGGGGACAGCUUGAUCAACGGCGCGUUUAUUGGCGUGAGAUCAGACCAGGGCGGAAGUCGGCGUGUGUUCCCUGUUGGGAAGCUCGAGGGCUUGCGGUUCAUGGGCUCUUUCCGCUUCAAGCUGUGGUGGAUGACACAGAGGAUGGGUUCUUCGGGGAAAGACAUCCCCUUUGAGACUCAGUUUCUGAUUGUUGAAGGGAAUGAUGGGUCCCAAUUUGCUGAGGGAAGUGAAGAUGGUGUGGGCCCAUCUGCAGUUUAUACCGUAUUCCUGCCUAUUCUCGAGGGAGCCUUCAGAGCUGUUCUCCAGGGGAAUGCUGAUAGUGAAAUAGAGAUCUGUUUGGAAAGCGGAGAUCCUGCCGUUGAUAGAUUUGAAGGGACCCAUUUGAUUUUUGUUGCUGCCGGAUCAGACCCAUUUGAUGUCAUCACAAAUGCAGUGAAGACUGUUGAAAAGCACAUGCAGACAUUUUCUCAUCGUGAAAAGAAGAAGAUGCCUGACAUGCUGAACUGGUUUGGCUGGUGCACGUGGGAUGCAUUUUAUACGGAUGUAACAGCUGACGGAGUAAGACAAGGGCUUGAAAGUCUAGAGAAAGGUGGAAUUCCCCCAAAAUUCGUUAUAAUUGAUGAUGGAUGGCAAUCGGUUGGCAUGGACUCCACUGGCAUUGCAUCUAAACUUCAAGGCACGACAAACUUCACAAACAGGCUAACCAAUAUUAAGGAAAACCACAAGUUUCAGAAGAAUGGGAAAGAGGGUCACAGAGAAGAGGACCCAGCAAUGGGACUGGCGCACGUUGUUUACGAAAUCAAAGAAAAGCAUGAUCUGAAAUAUGUUUAUGUUUGGCAUGCAAUAACCGGUUACUGGGGUGGAGUUAGGCCUGGUGUUACUGGAAUGGAACAUUAUGAAUCUAAGAUGGCAUAUCCCAUUUCUUCUCCGGGAGUUCAGUCCAACGAAUCCUGUGAAGCUCUGAACAGCAUCGCUUCCAAUGGCCUCGGCCUCGUGAACCCUGAGAAAGUCUUCAAUUUCUAUGAUGAGCUUCACUCAUAUCUCUCAUCUGCUGGAAUUGAUGGUGUCAAAGUAGAUGUCCAAAACAUUCUUGAGACGCUAGGAGCAGGCCACGGUGGGAGAGUGAAACUUGCUAGAAAGUACCAUCAGGCUUUAGAGGCUUCGAUCGCUACAAACUUCCCCGACAAUGGAAUAAUAUCGUGCAUGAGUCACAACACAGAUGGUUUAUACAGCUCAAAGAGGACUGCUGUGAUAAGAGCAUCUGAUGAUUUUUGGCCGAGAGUCCCAGCGUCACAUACAAUCCAUAUUGCAUCUGUUGCCUACAACACCUUGUUCCUUGGAGAAUUCAUGCAGCCUGAUUGGGAUAUGUUUCAUAGCGUUCACCCAAUGGCUGAAUACCAUGGAGCAGCUCGUGCAGUCGGAGGAUGUGCCAUUUAUAUUAGUGACAAACCCGGAGACCAUGACUUUGAUUUGUUGAAGAAGCUCGUACUUCCCGAUGGAUCAAUAUUGAGAGCCAAGCUUCCAGGAAAACCCACCAAGGAUUGCCUGUUUACAGAUCCUGCUAGAGAUGGAAAAAGUCUUCUGAAGAUAUGGAAUUUGAAUGACUUCUCUGGAGUUGUUGGGGUCUUCAACUGCCAAGGAGCUGGGUGGUGUAAAGUCGGAAAGGUGAAUCUUAUCCAUGACGAACACCCUGGCACAAUCACUGGAAUCAUCCGAUCAAGGGACGUUGCUUACUUGCCCAAGAUUGCUGGAGAUGGCUGGAAUGGAAAUGCCAUUGUAUAUUCACAUUUGAGCGGAGAGGUGGUUUUUCUUCCGAAGAAUGCAUCUUUGCCCAUUACAAUGAAGUCCCACGAAUACGAAGUUUUUACAGUUGUUCCAGUUAAGGAAUUAUCGAGCGGUGCUUCAUUCGCUCCCAUCGGACUUGUCAAGAUGUUCAACUCUGGAGGAGCCAUCAAAGAGUUGAGAUACGAAGCUGAGAGAAGUUCGACCAUUGACAUGAAAGUCAGAGGGUGUGGUGUUUUCGGGGCCUAUUCAUCUAUUAAGCCCAAGAGAAUAACCGUCGAUGAAGAGGAAGUUGAGUUCACAUACAAUGAAGGAUCUGGUUUGGUAAGCCUUGUUUUGAGAGUUCCAAAAGAAGAAUUGUACUUGUGGAGCAUUACCGUCGAGUACUGAAUGGUUUCAAUUCAAGUUGGAUGAAGUUAGGAGAUUUGGGUUUCUUUCAUUUCAGCGCAAUUCUCGAUGGGAAGAUUCAAAAGCACUUCACGUUAGAUUUCAUUGGAUGGAAGUAAAAUACAAGCCGAAAUUACUACAUAUUUCAGAAAAAGCUUGUGGGAGGGUGUUCUUUGCUGAUAUGUUGGCUUUUCUUCUACUGCUUAUUGUACGCAAUAGGGUGAUGUAGGGAACUUUUCUAGCCAUUACUGCUAGAGAUGGAAUUGGAUCUGUAAUGGUUGUUAUGGAAUGGAAGAGGCAGUUCCACCA